AUGUCCCCAAGGAUCCAGGAGUCAGGAUCAGUUCUGGGAACUGGGACCAGUCAGUCCUGGGAACUGGGACCAGUCUGCACUGGGAACUGGGACCAGUCAGACCGGGGAACUGGGACCAGUCAGUCCUGGGAACUGGGACCAGUCAGUGUUGGGAACUGGGACCAGUCUGCGCUGGGAACUGGGACCAGUCAGUCCUGGGAACUGGGACCAGUCAGUGUUGGGAACUGGGACCAGUCAGCGCUGGGAACUGGGACCAGUCUGCGCUGGGAACUGGGACCAGUCAGUGUUGGGAACUGGGACCAGUCAGACCUGGGAACUGGGACCAGUCAGACCUGGGAACUGGGACCAGUCUGCACUGGGAACUGGGACCAGUCAGUCCUGGGAACUGGGACCAGUCAGUCCUGGGAACUGGGACCAGUCAGACCUGGGAACUGGGACCAGUCUGCACUGGGUACUGGGACCAGUCAGUCCUGGGAACUGGGACCAGUCAGUGUUGGGAACUGGGACCAGUCAGUCCUGGGAACUGGGACCAGUCAGUGUUGGGUACUGGGACCAGUUAGACCCGGGAACUGGGACCAGUCAGUGUUGGGUACUGGGACCAGUCAGACCUGGGAACUGGGACCAGUCAGUGUUGGGAACUGGGACCAGUCAGUGUUGGGUACUGGGACCAGUCAGUGUUGGGAACUGGGACCAGUCAGUCCUGGGAACUGGGACCAGUCAGUCCUGGGAACUGGGACCAGUCAGUGUUGGGAGCUGGGACCAGUCAGCGCUGGGAACUGGGACCAGUCAGUGUUGGGCACUGGGACCAGUCAGACCUGGGAACUGGGACCAGUCAGACCUGGGAACUGGGACCAGUCAGACCUGGGAACUGGGACCAGUCUGUACUGGGAACUGGGACCAGUCUGUACUGGGAACUGGGACCAGUCUGCACUGGGAACUGGGACCAGUCAGUGUUGGGAACUGGGACCAGUCAGUGUUGGGAACUGGGACCAGUCAGUGUUGGGAACUGGGACCAGUCAGACCUGGGAACUGGGACCAGUCAGCGCUGGGAACUGGGACCAGUCAGUCCUGGGAACUGGGACCAGUCAGUGUUGGGUACUGGGACCAGUCAGUGUUGGGAACUGGGACCAGUCAGUGUUCGGUACUGGGACCAGUCAGUGUUGGGAGCUGGGACCAGUCAGACCUGGGAACUGGGAUUAGUCCAGUUCUGAACA